AUGACGACGACGUCCUCUGCGAUGCCUUACUACGCCAGCCACAUAGCGCGGCAAGAGCGAGCAGUUGACAUGGAGAUCCCUGAAGUGGGCAUCGAUGCACGCCAUUGUGUGCGGAUGGUCGAGGACUACCAUCUACUGGACUUUUCCGAGCGCUUGAACACGAGCUCUUAUGUGAACGUCGUCUUCGAGCCAGAAGAGGAACGUGUGGCGCUGAUGGGUCUGAAAGUGAACUUGGCCGACCAGACGGUCUAUCCGGAGUCCUUCCGGAUGCACAACGACACCCUGAACAUGAUCGCGAAGCUUUGGCACUGCCCCGUGCCGGAUGACUUCGAUUCCUACGGCUGUUACGCCGGCGCUGGAACUGUCGGCUCGACCGAGGCUUGCCUUUUAGCGGGGCUGGCUUUGAAGUUCCGGUGGCGAAAGUGGUACGCAGAGAAGAAGGGCAUGAAAGAGCACGAAGUGCGGGGCGUCUAUCCCAACUUGGUGAUCUCGACUAUGUUCCAGGCUGCCUGGGAGAAACUGUUCAAGUACAUGGACAUCGAGCCGCGUUUCAUUUCUCCCAGCUACAAGACCUUUGUUCUGGAUCCAAACAAGAUUGGUGAUUACAUUGACGAUCAGACUAUUGGUGUGGUUUGCAUCAUGGGCAACCACUACGGAGGCCAGUACGAUCCUGUGUGGGAUAUCAGCAAGAAGCUCGAGACGAUCAACAAGGAGAAGGGCCUUGAGGUGGGCAUCCACGUGGACGCCGCCUCAGGUGGAUUUAUCGCCCCUUUCCAGGAAGGCCUUCCACCGUGGGACUUCCGGCUGCCAAACGUUUUGUCGAUCUCCGCCAGCGGCCACAAGUUUGGGAAUUCUUGCUGCGGCACAGGCUGGGUGGUCUGGCGCCAGCGCAAGGGCCUCUCUGAAAACGUCGCCAUCAACGUGUCCUACUUGGGAGGAAGCGCCGAUUCCUACACCCUGAACUUCUCUCGACCGGCCCAGGGCAUCUACGUCCAGUUCUACAAAUUGCUGAGGCUUGGGAAGGAAGGCUACCAGGAGCAGGUCCGGAACCAGAUGACCGUUGCGAAGUACCUCCGGGAAGGGCUGAAGAGCAUCACAGCCAAUGGACAGCAGAUCUUCACAAUCCUCGAUGCGGUUGGCAUGAGUGAGCAGAAACUGUGCUUGCCAGUUGUCACGGCGAUGAUUAACCCAGAUCUGGGCCUGCCUUUCGACGACAUUGACCUCCAGCACAUCAUCGCUCAGGGGCAUUGGUACGUCAGUGGCUACCACAUGUCCAUGCACCACCCCCUCUCUGAGGAGACCAUGCCGCUCUUCACCGACCAGCACUGCGAACAGGCGAUGUUCCGUAUCGUGGUGAAGAACAACCUCACGAUGAGAAUGGCAGCGAACUUGAUGGAUGAGAUCAAAGCAGCGGUCAACUUCCUGACAUCUCACGGCAAAGGCUUUACGCACCGGAAGCCCAAGAGAAUCUCAACAUGCAAGCAACUCCCUGCGUGCUAG